AUAGUGUGAGUACUUUUCUCACUUUAAAUGUGUUAUUUGUCGCCUAGCGGGCCCAACUCAAAGUCACCGGCCCACGGGAUGCACAGAAACACGAGUCGGAAGCGCGGCUCUGGAUCACGAGACAGACAAGGGACAGGUGAUGUCAUUCCAUUGUCCACCAGCCUGUAAAAGGGAUGUGAGCUCAUAGCUGUGCUUUGGCCCACUCUCUUAGUGUACAGAUGAUGAGAAAAUGUAUAACAAUGAGGGUCUUUGGCAGCUAAUUUGCUGUCUCAAUACCACUGGUGGGUUGUAAAAACAAUAUUUACGUAUAAGGUAAGUCAGUAAGUUCCUUACACUAGGGGUCAUCAUGAAGAAUGCCAAGAGGGGGCACAUAACUUAUUUGAUGCUGUGAAGUAAAGCCAGAGAUUUUAUUGUCAUGAUCCAGUCCUCUCUAUUUGUACAAUGGAUGCACGCCAAUACUGUUCAUCUAUCUGUACUUGUUCAGUACUUAGAAAUGGUAUGACACUAUGAGACUGAUACCACCUGACACAUUUGCGUGAGCAGAGAUGUGCCCGUGUCUAAAAGAGUUUCUGAAGUGAGUCUACAGGAGGGAGGCCAGGUGGAGGUUGAGGUCCCCCUGCGGUGAGAGCAUGCGGUGAGAAAGUGCCUGCUCAACCUGCUUGACUGAAACCAUCCAACGAGUAUUUCUGGUGGUAUGUUGCUCAUCAGGUAUGCUAAAUUGCACUCCUGUGUUAAUGCCACAAAUAUGCCUGGAGUUCAUUUGACAAUCAAAAGGAUGUGUUGUCGUACUCAGGAAAUGACGCCUGUUGUAAUCAGGAGGAAAGAUGAGGGCAGUUCAUGGAGUGAAUGGAAAUGAAUGAAAACUUUCUCUAACUUUUGCUGUUUUAGGGUUAAGGUCUCAAAAAAGCAAACACAAAUGUCUAAGUCACAGUUCUGCUUGAGGUGUCUUAGCACAAAAAAAACUUGUUUGCUCUGCUUUUUGGUCAGAAACUUGUUCUGGGAGUAUACUAUUUUUGAAAGUAUAUAAUUAAAGAUAUUGCACCACCUUAACAACUUAAAUAGAUGCAUAUCUUUUAAUGACAAAUUGAUACACACACAUACACUGUAUGCGUCAUAAAACAACGUUAAAUGUCUUUGUAAGGCCAAGCAUGACUUCGAACAAAAUGUGCUGAGUGAGCAUGUUGUGAUGUUUAGGAGCGAAAAAAUGCAAACGGGAUUCAAACAGCGCCUUGUUUUUGUUUGUUGCUAAGAGGAGCAAGCGGAGCUGUGAGGAAUUUCUCACUUGGAGGCAGCUUUUUUUAUUUUGCACUUGACUUCUACGCACUCUCUUUUGGAGAAUGUAUUUUAUUAUUUACAAAUACAAACAAAACCCAACGUAAUCCAAUUUGAUUACAGCCAUCUCUGACAUGUGGAGAAGGAAAGCGAGGGUUUACUGAUUGGAUUAUUUCAAUGUGUGAUCUAAAUCCACAAUGUUUUAUCAUGGCUUAGUAGGCCCGUCACUUAUCAUGCUAAUAAAUGACAUUAUAUCACGUUUGAUUACAGUGAGGAAGAUUCGCUCCUGAGACCUGCACUUCCAGUAUUGAUCUCAUUCGAAGGACGGGAGCACUGGGGUGCUUUUAAUGUAUCUGACUGACAGAGGGAGUAAAACCUUUUGUCAGAUUCAGAAUGCCUUUUAUUGUCAUUAUACAUAGUACAACGAGAUAAGAGCUGCCCAAACAGUGCAAUAUAAAGCUAUAAAGUAUAUAUAAAAAAAAAAGUGACAACUGCACAGUUGUAGUGGUUGAAGUAUAAAUACAUAAAUACAUUGUGCGUAGAAGAAUAGUAGACCAUAAGUGAUCAAGCAAGUUAGACUUGAGACAAAUUAUGGCUCUUGGAAAAUAAAACUACCCAUGUGACUCUAGCCAGGGCUACAUCUGCAAGGUGCCCAGAGGUGAGAGCACAUCUUGUUUUGCGGCUGCAGCGUUCAUGUGUCACGACACUGAAAAAGAUUUGGUGCAGCUUAUAUUUUAAGAAAGGAAGUCACAUUUUUUGAUGAGCAAAUUGGAAGUCAACGUUUAUGAGAGCAUUCGACUUGCAGCGUGAGUUUCUUAAAAGAGGGUUGCGCAACACCGCCACGAGCCGCGUUCCUCCUCCUCCAACAAAAGGUGGGAGCAAGCGGCCUUCAGUCAGGCCGCCCGCCGAGCAGGGCAGACUUCCCGCUUGCAGAAGAUGUCGCCGCCUACUGGCCAAUUGGGAAAGGUCAUCCUCCGUUGCAACGACGACCAUCAAAGCCGCACAUUUUCAACGUUCAGAUUUGCUCAUAUAUGACUGGACUCUCCCUUUUGAAGUUGUAUAAUUUCAUAAUUGGCAAAGCCCUCAAGAAAUUGACUUGUGUGUAGUCACUUUUUUGCCUGAUUGUAUUUACCUUUUGGCAUUUUCAGACAAGGUCAUGUGCGCAAAUGCCACCAAUGGAGCGUCGUGUUCCUCUCGGGAUGUGGCGUGCCAGUGCCAGCUCUACAUGAAAUACAGCGAUACGGGCGGCUUCCAAGGUGGCUUGGGCGGUCUCAGCGUGGGCCGUACGCUGGUCAUCAAGGGACAAUCCAUUCCCCAAGCAACCAAACUGGGGAUCAACAUGGAGGUGCGUGACAGCAACGGCAAGGAGACGGGCAACAAUGCGCUGCACCUGAACAUCGACAUUGGGGCCAAGAGCUUCACCGUGAACGCCAAAGUCAGCGAGAAGCUGACCGGGAGCCUUCCCCAACAAAACCCCUUUGGACCAGGACUCCCCUUCGAGAUUGUCAUCAAGUGUGGCAGUGGCGCUUUCCAGCUGACUUUCAACGGCGGGCCCCAGCAGGACUUUGCUUAUCAAGUUCAGGAUCUGCAAGCCAUCAACUUGCUGUCGGUGUGGCAAGUGGAGCAGAUCCACGUCCAGCUGAAGUGACCACGCGGCCGUCCGAGCGCCUCUUCCUGUCUGGGUGUCGUCAGCCGACGGCAAUCAGCGUGUUUUUUCCCUAUUGUUUCUUUAGCAGUCGCCACCUACUGUUGUUCACUUUAGACUAAGUGUGCAAGAUAACGUCACGGUACGACAUUUUUGCAUUAUGUGGAACAUAUAGUACAAAUAUAAACACACUUUAAUUGAAUACACAUGUUCUGAUGAAUUCUGACUAUAUUCAAGUGAUGAUUUUCCUUCAACUAUGUAAACAUGUUUGAACCAGAAUAAAGUUAAACUUGGUGAGAAUCUCA